ACAUCGCGAGAACUGGCCCUGGUGUGUUGUUUGCUAAACAUUAGCCUGAGAGCUAGCAGGACAAGUCAUCCUCCAUACUGUUUCUCCGUGUUUCGGACUGCGAUGGAGGCCCUCACAGCCGCAGAGGAGGCGGAGAGGCCGCACCAUCGACCAUUCCUCAUCGGGGUCAGCGGAGGAACCGCCAGUGGCAAAUCGACAGUGUGCGCCAAGAUCAUGGAGCUGCUGGGCCAGAACAAAGUGGACCACCGGCAGAGGAAGGUGGCCAUCAUCAGCCAGGACUGCUUCUACAGAGUCCUCACUGCAGAGCAGAAGGGCAAAGCGCUGAAGGGGCAGUACAACUUUGACCACCCAGGAGCCUUCGACAACGACUUAAUGUACAAAACGCUGAAGGACAUCGUGGAGGGGAAGGUGGUUCAAGUGCCAACAUAUGACUUUGUCACCCAUUCCAGGCUAGACGAGAGGAUCACGUUUUAUCCGGCAGACGUGGUGCUCUUCGAGGGCAUCCUCGUCUUCUACCCUCAGAAAGUGCGCGACAUGUUCCACAUGAAGCUCUUUGUCGACACGGACUCUGACGUCAGGCUGUCUCGCCGAGUUUUACGAGACAUGACCCGAGGGAGAGACUUGGAGCAGAUCCUGUCUCAGUACACCACUUUCGUCAAGCCGGCCUUUGAGGAGUUCUGCUUGCCUACCAAGAAGUAUGCAGACGUCAUCAUUCCGAGAGGCGUGGACAACAUGGUGGCCAUCAACCUCAUCGUGCAACACAUCCAGGAUAUUCUAAACGGCGACCUGUGCAAGUGGCAGCGCGGCGCCGUUAACGGCCAGGGGCGGAGCUUGAAGCGGGCCCUGUCGGAGCAGUGCGACCUGCAGAACGGAAAGAGGGUCCUGCUGGAGCCGAGCAGUCGUCCCCACUAGCGGCUACUUCGCGAAUGUUUUUCGUCACUGGUAUGGAUCUCACGUGCAUCCAUGUUUGGGCAGAUAAUAGAAAGCUUUUAGAUUUGUUUUAAGCUUUCGGUUGUGUCAAUACUAAUAUAUAUGAAUGAUAUUAAGAGGUUUUUUUUAACUUAUUUAAUGCCUUAAUCUAUUAAUGUUCACCUUCCCGUGCAACAAUAAAAGCACGACUACAAGAUAAUAAAUGUCUAAA